CAUAGCUGCACUGCACACACAAGCCUCGUUCGUAUCGCUUUUCGAUUUUCUAAUUUAUACUAAUAUAUUAUUAUAGGAGUAGUUUAGAAAAUUUCAGACUUUUUAUUCCUACGCUUCUCUCUCCUCUUCACUGAGACGAUCUUUACGAGGUUCACUAGCUCUUUCUAUCUCCUCCACUCUCACCGUUCAACAACCGAUGGCCACCACCGUCGCAGGAGCGAGACUCAUCUCCUUGAAAGCCACCGGGAAGCUCGGUUACCGUGAGAUCUCUCACCUCCGCCAAUGGGCUCCGGUUCAGUCUGCGAUGAUGCCUCAUUUCGGAAUGCUGCGAUGUGGAUCGCGACAGAUAUUUUCAACCUCUGUUGUGAAAGCUCAAGCGAACGCUGUUGAGCAAUCAACAGGAGAAGCUGUUCCAAAAGUGGAAUCUCCAGUGGUCGUUGUGACUGGUGCCUCUAGAGGGAUUGGAAAAGCAAUUGCUCUUUCCUUGGGGAAAGCAGGAUGUAAGGUCUUGGUGAAUUAUGCUAGGUCAGCAAAGGAGGCUGAAGAAGUUUCUCAACAGAUUGAAGAAUAUGGUGGCCAGGCAAUCACUUUUGGGGGCGAUGUCUCGAAAGAGGCUGAUGUGGAAGCGAUGAUGAAAACCGCUGUUGAUAAAUGGGGUACCAUUGAUAUCGUGGUUAACAAUGCAGGAAUUACUCGGGAUACCUUGUUGAUUCGAAUGAAGAAAUCCCAAUGGGAUGAAGUCAUUAGUUUGAAUCUCACUGGAGUAUAUCUCUGUACCCAGGCAGCAACAAAGAUCAUGAUGAAGAAGAGAAAGGGAAGAAUCAUCAAUAUAGCGUCAGUUGUUGGUCUCAUUGGUAAUAUUGGCCAAGCAAACUACGCUGCUGCUAAAGCUGGAGUUAUUGGGCUCUCCAAGACUGCUGCCAAAGAGAAUGCAAGCAGGAAUAUAAAUGUCAAUGUGGUUUGCCCUGGAUUCAUUGCAUCUGACAUGACUGCCAAGCUUGGAGAAGACAUGGAAAAGAAAAUCUUGGGAACAAUCCCAUUAGGACGGUAUGGACAACCAGAAGAUGUGGCUGGCUUGGUAGAAUUCUUGGCUCUCAGUCCGGCAGCCAGUUACAUCACCGGACAGACAUUCACCAUCGAUGGAGGUAUUGCCAUCUAGGUAUUUGGUAAGAUCGGCUUUUGUUUAGGCAAAACAAUUUGGUAAACAGACAAAUUUGAGUUAUUUCUGGCACUUGGUCGGAAUUUCUAUUUUGCGGAUUCUGUUUCGAGAGAUCUAAAACUCAUUUGCUUAAACUACGUAACAUAAUAUGAAUCAAAGAGCUUUGUAGCUGA